AUGGUGCCUGCCACACCAAAGCUAGACCUUCCGGCCCACGAGGAACAGAGCGGACCGGCAACAAAGCAUACGUUGGCAUCAACGUUGGCAUUUUUCCGCCGGCCAUUACGGUUACGGGGCAACUCGACUGUCUCUGUGCCGCUUGGUGUUGUUCUGAUCUUCCCCUUACUGGUUGUCGUCCUUAUCUUGGUGCUUUUUGUUCGACAUCCCAACUCUCCUGGGAGGGUCCUAAUGCCUGCUGGCGCGCCGCCUGCCAUUCGAAAAAUCAGUGAAAAGCACGACAAGGUGUUCGUCACGGGCUGUUUGGAACCCGAUACCUCCCAGCCUCGUGCCAACGCUACCUUCGUUGUACUGGCCAGAAACAAGGAAUUGGAUGGCGUUGUUCAGUCACUCAAAUCCAUGGAGCGCCACUUCAACCGAUGGUUCCACUAUCCCUAUGUUUUUCUCAACGAUGGCGAAUUCGACGACCAUUUCAAGGAGACCGUCCGUAACCACACAUCUGGCCCCGUCGAGUUUGGCAAAGUUGGUCCCGACAUGUGGGGCUUCCCCGACUGGGUUGAUCAUAGAGUCGCCAAGGAGGGCAUCGCAAAACAAGGAGAUGCUGCCGUCAUGUAUGGUGGGCUGGAAAGCUACCAUUUCAUGUGCCGUUUCUACUCGGGCUUUUUCUACAACCAUCCACUUCUUCUGAAGUACGAAUGGUACUGGCGAGUGGAGCCUGAGAUUACUUACUUCUGCGACAUCACAUACGACCCAUUCAGGAAAAUGAUGGAGCAUAACAAGACGUACGGGUUCACAAUCGCUGUGAAAGAACUCCGUGAAACCGUUCCCAACAUCUUCCGCUACGCCUCAGCUUACAAGCGACUGAACAAUCUGACGUCACAAGGUCUUUGGGAAAUGUUUGUUGAGCCCAGGGAUCCAGCUGAGGAGGUAAAGAACAAAAAACCGCUUCCCGAUGAGAUUUUGAAGAACGAUCCUGCGAAUAAUGCUCCCCCCACAAUUGACCCCGAAGCGAUGGAGGGCGAGAAAUACAACAUGUGCCACUUCUGGUCCAACUUUGAAAUUGCAAAGCUCAGUUGGUUCAGAAGCAAGGAGUACAAUGAUUUCUUCGAGAUGAUGGACCGCAGUGGUGGUUUCUGGAUGGAAAGAUGGGGUGAUGCUCCCAUCCAUUCGCUUGCUGCCGGUGCCCUGCUGGGCGUCAAGGACAUUCAUUACUUCCGAGAUAUCGGCUACAGGCAUACCACUAUUCAACACUGUCCCGCCAAUGCCCCGUCACGACAGCUUCCUCGCACACCAUAUCUGGAAAUGGCAACGCUCGACGAAAAGAAACGGAUAGAAGAGGACAAGUACUGGGAAGACUGGGAUGAGGUCAAGGAAAACGGAGUUGGGUGCCGAUGCCGUUGCGACACUGACAUAGUAGACGUCGAAGGCAAGGAGGGCUCCUGCCUCGCUGAAUGGGUAGAUGUUGCUGGCGGCUGGGCUCCUUAA